AUGGCAACCGUCCAUUUGGAGGGGUUGAAUCAUCACCGGGAGACCGCUGUGUUUGGAACAGCGUUCAUGUAUGACGAGACUGCAGAGUUGUUUGUGUGGUUGUUUGAAACAUUUUUGAAAUCUAUGUCCGGUAAAGCGCCAAAGACGAUCUUCACUAAUCAAGAUGCUGCAAUGGGAAAGGUGAUGCCAAGGACAAACCAUUAUCUGUGUGUUUGGCACCUAAUGCAAAAUGCACAGAAGCAUCUAGGGUUGUUGUUUAGACGUGCGCAAGGCUUUAAGAAGGUGUUAUCAAAAUUAAUAUUUGAAAUUGAGGAGGAGGAAGAAUUUACUAGGGAAUGGAAUAUAAUGAUAACGGAAAAUGGUGUUGUUGGUAACACAUGGCUUACAAAUCUCUUUGCUUUAAAACAUAGAUGGGCUAUGGCAUUUAUUAAACAUACCUGGUCCGCGGGUAUCCACAGCACACAACUGAGUGAAAGCUGCAAUGGUUGCUUGAAGGCGUACUUAUCCGGGCAACUGAUUCUUCCAGAUUUCUUCACACACUUUGAAAGGCUGUUGUCCGACAAGCGUUACAAGGAGUAUGUAGCCGAGUAUGGGUUACUCCACAAUCUACCUCAACUGAAAACAAACUGUAACAUAUUAGUAGAGGUGGCAAGCCUGUACACAAAGGUUAUAUUUAAUAUUUUCCAGGAUGAGUUCUUAGCAGCUGCUGCUAGUCAGAGGAUCAUUGGUUGCAGUCCCAUCGAUGGCAACGGAGGCUAUGUUUACAAAGUCGUUGGUGAGGAUGGAAUGCAAUGCGACGUGAGGAGGACAGUAGAAGAUGAAUUGUUAUGUUCUAGUUGUAAAUUUGAAAGGGAGGGUAUUAUGUGUAGGCAUAGUUUGAAAAUCCUAAAAGACUCCAUGUUCACCAAUACAUUGCCUCGUCGAUAUAUAUUAAGAAGGUGGAGUAGAACUGCAAGAGAUGGCAGGUUGGAGGAAAAUCUUUCCGGUGAAGUGAUUGCCGAAACUGAUCCAAAAAUUGAGGUUAGGAGACGGCACAGGGUACUUUGUCGUAUUCUGACUAAAAUUUCGUCCAUUGUAUCGGAGGAUAAGGACGGAUACAAUGAUUUAUUAGUGAAAGCCAUGGAGUGGAAAAAAAUUGCCCAAUCAAGUUGUAGGCAUAGGUUUACUGAGAGGAAUGGAAUUUAUACUGGUGGUAAAGGCAGAAACCAAUAUGUCGGCAUGAACAAAAAUACUGACAAAAUCCCCAAUGGUCUCAAGUGUAAAGAUACAUGGAAAGGAAAAUUUAAGAGGUUAAAACCGACCAUGGAGCUAAAGAGUCGCAAUAAGACGAAAUCAAUAAAACAAACAGUUCAGCUUCAGAAUUGCAAUGAAGCCCUUCAAUCAGGAGAGGCAGGUGGCAGUAGUCAUAGUGGAACAAUCCCCUACUACGUGUUAGUGAAUGUAAGUAUUGUUGCAUAA